AUGGUUGAAAUUACUGAAGAAUUGCUUCGGAAAAGAAGCGAACACAAUGAAGGGCAAUUAUCCACUCUUAAAGAAAUUACAUUGCAUCAAUUUGAUAUUGAGGAAAUUAAUGAAGUAUUGGGAGUCUUUUGCCGAGAAUUACAAAUUUUGUAUUUACAAAACAAUUUGAUUGGGACUAUCAAAAAUUUGCAUCAUUUGAAAGAUCUGAGAUAUCUCAAUAUGGCUGUCAAUAAUUUAACAAGAGUAGAGGGAUUGGAAUCGAAUGAACAUUUAGAAAAAUUGGAUCUGACUGCAAACUUUGUUUGGGAUUUGCUGAGUGUGGAACGAUUGAAAUGCAAUUACAAUUUAAAAGAAUUACACUUGUUGGGUAAUCCUUGCACGAAAUAUGAAAACUAUAGAUUGUUUGUGAUUGGUACUUUGCCUCAUUUGCAAAUUCUCGACGGAGAUAAGGUUUCCAAAAGCGAGAAAAUUCUUGCUGAACAAUUACUUGCUCAAAUUCGAAUCUCCAUCCAAGAAGAACAACAACGAGUCAAUGUGACCGAGUUAAUGAAAGCGAUCGAGCAACGAAAUGAAGACAAGAAGGAAAUUGCAAACUCCAAAAACGAACGAGAGAAGGCACAAGAAAAGAAUAUCGAUGGUAUUGGCGAAGUAGAUCGAUUGGGUUCUUUGUCUAGUGGUCCCAAACUCACACCAGAACAAGAAAUUGAAAAGUAUGGAAAAGUCAUGCAAAAGAAUGAAGGAAAAUGGCAAUUCAAAUUCUUUGAAGAAAAAGGCCACUAUGUGUUAGACAUCCCAGCAGGAAAGUACAUGUCACUCAGCUACGUCGAUAUUGAUGUUCAGCCCACUUGGGUUCGUGUCACCAUUAAGGGGAAAGUACUGCAAUUGAGAUUUGACAAGGAAGUGUCAUCAUCCAAAGCUUCAGCUCAACGAUCGACGGUGACUGGAAAUAUUGUCAUUCGGGUGCCCAUUUCAAACAAUCCAUAA